AAUGCUUAAACAAGGACAUUUCCGGUAAUAUAAACAAUAUGGACAGCUAUGGGCUCACUAGCCCGGUUCUGGGUGAGGACCAAUCGGUCAUGGCCCGCAUGCAGAAGAAAUUUUGGAAAACCAAACAAGUUUUGAUCAAAGCAACUGGAAAGAAGGAGGAUGAGCAUGUGGUGGCAUCGGACGCAGAUUUGGAUGCAAAGCUGGAGUUCUUUCGUUCUGUACAGAUCACGUGCACAGAGCUGCUAAAAGUGAUUGAAAAAUAUCAACAAAGGAUCACACGCCUGUCUCAGGAGGAGAAUGAGUUGGGCCUGUUUCUUCGUUUUCAGGCCGAGCAUGACAAAACUAAAGCAGGAAGCAUAAUGGAUGCCACGAGCAAAGCCCUGUGCAGCUCUGCCAAACAGAGGUUAGCUCUGUGUGCUCCCCUACGAAGGAUGGAGCAGGAAGUAGCGACCUUCCGGCGAAGGGCCAUAGCCGACUCCUUGUUGACAGUGGGGCGCAUGGAGAAAGCGAGAACCGAGUACCGGGGUGCUUUGCUCUGGAUGAAGGAUGUCUCUCAGGAGCUGGACCCUGACACCUACAAACAGUUGGAGAAGUUCCGCAAGGUUCAAGCACAGGUGAGGGGGACCAAGGUGCAGUUUGAUAAGCUGAAAAACGACGUCUGUCAAAAAGUGGACAUGCUGGGGGCCAGUCGCUGCAACAUGCUGUCUCAUUCCCUCUGUACUUACCAGACCACACUUCUACAGUUCUGGGAGAAAACAGCAAACACCAUGUCUGGCAUCCAUGAGUCCUUCAAAGGAUAUGUGCCCUACCACUUUACCACUCUGAAGGAUUUACGGGACCCACUAGAGCACCUAUCAGACCUACAGAUAACAGAAGACCAGGACAAAGAGAAGCAGAAUAAUACAGACAGUCUUGUGUCACUGGAGGAGGAAAUGGUAGGGAAAUCAGCUCUUAAUAGUGGUUCAGUUGCUGGUGGUCACAAUAAAGAUUUUGAUGACGCUUUAGCCGCCAGCUUGGGCUCAGAUGUGUUUGAGCUCUUAGGUCCCUUCAGCAGUGUCAGCCCAGAUGAUGACCCCUUAUUUAUUGCCCCUGCCCUAACUCCAGUCCCCAACGUGACUCCAUCUGUACCUGCACUGCAGCCUCAAAGCCCUUCAGAGAUCACAAUGCCCGUUCCUGUCCAAUGGGACUGCAGUGUUCCCCCUGGACAGAACCUGGAGACCUUUACCACUAUGCUACAGUCUGAGAAGGCUGGUCAGGAUUUGCUCUCUGAUCUUCUGCCACAAUCUGGAUCUGGAGAGGACGAAGAGAGAGGCGAUCUGUAUUUCUUGCUAAGCCCGGGUGCCACCAGCGGAGCAGAUGACUUCAGUAAGGCCUGGCAGGAUGCUUUCGGUUCUUUUGAGCAACCAGCAGCAACGCCCUUCUCCUCAAACACACCUUCAGCUAGCAGCACCGCAGCUCCCUUUCAUUCUCUUUCACAGCCUUCUAGCCCCAACAGCUUCCUGCCCUCACAGCUGCUUGACCAUGGCCUCAGCACCACAGACUGGAUGACUUCACCCAUGUUGCAAGCUCCUAAACAGCCUCCUCUAGCUGCUGGUCAGGUGCCAGUUACACAAAACAGCCCCAGGUUGAUGGAUAAUGCUCCUAAAAAUGGCAAUAGGGACAUGUCUGCUUGGUUUGAUCUUUUUGCUGACCUGGACCCACUUGCCAACCCAGAUGCCAUCGGACGAACCGAUGAGGAACUCCUUAAUGCCUAAGAAAAUUAAGAGCUGAAUAUUCUUUGUGCUGCAUCCAACUGAGCCAAGGACAGAUCUGCAACCUGUAUCUGAUAUUCCGGGUGUUUGUGUGUGUGUUUGUGUUAAUUUGCUGUAUGUUACUUUUGGGAAAUGGGAUUACGUGGGUUUUUAUGAAUACUGCACUAUAUACUGUAUACCAAUUGUUUUGUUAAAAUAUGAUGCAAAGAGAAAUGAAGUUAAAUAUAAAUUGAUUAACUCCUCCCAGAACAGGGAUCUAUAUUGUUAUUUACGCUGGAUAGCUACAUUCUUUCACAGGUUUGUAAAUAAUUAUUAUUUAUGUCUGUUAGAAGUAUGAUUAUGCUGGAAGCUUAAGACUCUUGAAUGUGUAGAAACAAGAUUACCAAAUCAGAAACACGUAUUUUCAUCCUACUGCAUAUAAGUGAAAGAUUUAUUUUUGGGGGUCUAACAUGAAUGAAAGGUGUACUUUAUUUUCUGUAGAUGUCUUAUUAUGACUUCUUCUAAAUUUUGCUUGCUAAGAAAUGUGCAAACUUCUAUCCAAAAGACGGGGUAAAACAAGUGAAAUAAGAACAGAGAGCAAUGAUUUGCAAACACUCUAUGACCUGUGUUUAAUGAAAAACUAAACCAAGAUAUAUAGUGUUUUAACUAAUCAACUUUUUGUAUAUGAAUAAUUAUUCUAAAUGUAAUAGCUUCAGCAUGUUCCAUAAAAAGUUGGGACAGGAGCUUUUGUAUAUAACUGCUGCGGCUGCAGCGGGUUUUUUUUUUUUUUGGGUGUGGGGGCAGAAGCAGAUCUAUCACUGUUACACCACUGUUUCUUUAAAUAAUGUUCUGUCCUUGUUUGAGCCUAUUAUAGCAUCACAAGUGGAAGUAUUAAAACAGGUAUGGGGUUUUUUAAUACACUACCCAUGUCCCAAUUUUUUGAAAUGUGUUGCAAUCAUUAAAUUAAGAAAAAUCUAUAGAAUUGAUUAGGCAAAACAUUAAAUAUCUGUUUUUGUGCUCUGAAAUACAUUUACAAAUCACUGCUUUCUGAUUUUAUUUGAAAUUGGGGUUGUGUUUACCUUUUUUAUUUACUUCUACAGGAGUUACAGCAACCUAAUACUGCUUAGUAGCCACCCUUGUUUCAGCUUACCUAAACUACUAAGACUAGACUACCUAAACUAAACUGCAUAUUUAAAAACUAAUAAUCAUAAAAUACAAGAAAGUCAUGAUGGGAGAUUUCUAUAUAGCAAAGGUCUAGCUGAGCCUCUACAGCCAUGGAUGUAAAUAACAGUCUUUGAUAAACGUAAUUGUUUGUAUUUUACCGUUAAUGUUGUUUUAUAUUUAUAACACAGCACUGAUGAAUAAUCAUUCUUAUUGGACAUUAGUUGUUUAUAUUAAUGUACUUUUGUACAGUUCAUUUGUUAAAUUUGGCAUAAUACAUUUUUACUUGCCCUCAGUGCAGUGCUGUUACUUUAAGCUUAUAGAAAUAUUAAAACAGACCCAAGUAUAAACACUAAAUUAACACUGUAUAUAUGGUAUAAUUCACCAUGAUUUUUAUCUGUAGACCUCCAGAGCUUAAUAAACCACAUGAGGCGGAUUGGACUGCUGUGAAUAAAUAAA